CUCUCGGUGUUACCUGAUGGGACGUCGCUGGCACAGUGUCAAGUGCGGAAUAUUAAGGAGUCUGAUUUCAUUUGUCUGGGAAAAUUCUAGUGUAAAUUUGAUCUUAUUAGAGACUACUAAUAAACAUCUUAAGCAACAGAAGGAUUCCGCUGUUAAAUCAAGAUGAUUCCUUCAGCAUCAGCAGCGAGAUUGAGUCUCUACCGACUCUCGUACCUCCAGAAGUCCGUGCCGAGUACUUUCAGCCUCCGAUAUUUGUCCUGCAACUCCAGGCAGCUGCAAAAGGAGACUUCCGGCGCACCAGCUUCAGUUCCCACCGAGCCGGCAAAGUCAAGUUCAGAGGAUGCAAAAGAGGCAAAGCAGGCUUCGAUAGGCAAUUCGUACAAACCCGAUAACUUCGAUAAGCGCGUUUUGGUUUGGGCCAAGAAGUACAAAAGCAUUGAAGAUGUUCCCAAUUAUGUUAGUCGCGAAGAGAUGGAGAAAAGUCGCAGCAAGACGAGGAUUCGUUUAUCCAACUGGAUGAUUCUGGGCACUCUCUUGGGAUGCAUAAUUAUGGGUAAAUUUCUUCCAUUCGUUUACAGCGGCAAGCAGGCAGCUGAGAGGGGAGAAAGUGUGAGCAAGAUGAGCCUGGACUGGCAUGCUGAGCUGAAGGAGCAGAAAAAGGCGGAGGACGAAGCUGCUUUGGCUAAAGCGUACAAUACCAAAUAGAAGAAAAUUGACGUGUCCCAGUGAAGGAAGGCAUCCAUCGAGAUAGCAAGAGUGUAUAUAUUCUCAAACUACCCCUUAAACUGUGUAUAAAGCGCAGGAAGAUGAAAAAAGGAUUGAUUGUUAUGAAAGGGAGUCUUUCUAAUGGCAUGUAAAGCAGGAAUUCUGUCUCUCGGAAGAGAUUUAUUUAUCCAAGUCAUUCAAACACAACGUUGCAUUUGAAUGUGUUUAAUUGCUUUGCUUGCGCCCUUUUUUCCUUGCCCAUCUUUGUGGUCGAGAGACGAAAGCAUUAGUCUGUUAAUCAUAGUGAAGAGAGAGCAAUGUGACUUCUCCAUAUUCUUCGUCCUUUUAUUCACAUAUACGAGAGUAUGUUAGAGUCAAAUAUGAUAAAUGCUGUUGAAGAUGUUUCACAAAGAGAUAAUUGAUCAAAGAAAUAUCUACAUUGUUGAUUCCUACGUCGCCUUUUGUGUG